AUGGAAAAAGUAGAAUUGGCAAAAGAGAUCGCUGAUGUCAACUAUGAAUCGACUGGGCAACUGAAUGAAUUCACUGAGCGCACAUCGUGGCCACAUGAAGUGCUGUGCAUGAGUUUGAGCGAGCUUAGAAACUGCUUGAGCACCCUAGUUGCGAUGGCUGAAGAUGAAAAUGUGCCUGUGGCUUCUGUCGAUGACGAGUCGUUUUCUGCUAUUAUAUGUACUGAUCUUGUGUUGAUUAGUGAGUCUAAUGAGGGUCUAUCGCAAACUGGCACGGAAAAAUCGCAAGGUUCAAAAGAUAAUAUUAUACGGAUUGAUAAGGAAAAUUGUCGCACCGAUGAGUACUUAACGAGAGAAUUGAAAGACAGUGAGGUAAUCCAUUCUAAAAAGCGUCCAUUCAACUACAACGAAGCUAGUCAAAAGCUUCAGUCAAGUGAGCUUAGACAACGAAAGAUCUGUGUAGCGUUAUCACAAUCUUUCAGCUUUACACCUGUCUGCAAAACCACCACUCUAAGCGUGUUUGGAUCGCCAUCCCUUGACUCCCUCGCGCCUUCUGACAAGGACGGUCGUACAGCUAGAGGAGAGAUAAGUAUAAUUCUGAAAGCUCCACUAUGCGUGAACGCAUGGACCAGGCUUUCGAAGCUUUAUGUGAUGUGCCAAGAAUUAUGA